CUGAAUUUUGUUUUUGAUCAUUUGGGUGGAAGAUUGUAAUGGCUGGAGAAGGCGAAGUACCUGCAAUAGGAAUUGACUUGGGCACCACUUACUCGUGCGUGGCCGUUUGGCAACACGACCGAGUUGAAAUCAUACCAAAUGAUCAGGGGAACAGGACGACGCCGUCCUAUGUAGCUUUCACCAACACUGAGCGCCUUAUUGGCGAUGCCGCUAAGAACCAGGUUGCCUUGAAUCCCGUCAACACCGUUUUUGACGCCAAGCGAUUGAUUGGGAGAAGCUUCAGCGAUUCAUGUGUUCAAGAUGACAUAAAACUAUGGCCAUUCAAGGUUAUUCGUGGUCCAGGCGACAAACCCAUGAUUGUAGUCACCCACAAAGGGAAGGAAAAGCAAUUUGCAGCCGAGGAGAUUUCGUCUAUGGUUCUUGGAAAGAUGAAGGAGAUUGCGGAGGCCUACCUUGGGUCCACAGUGAAGAAUGCUGUUAUCACGGUACCUGCCUAUUUCAACGACUCGCAGCGUCAGGCAACCAAGGAUGCUGGAGUCAUUGCUGGCCUCAAUGUAUUGCGUAUUAUUAAAGAACCAACCGCUGCUGCCAUUGCUUAUGGUCUUGACAAGAAGUCUAACUGCAAGGGCAAGAUCAAUGUUCUUAUUUUUGAUCUUGGAGGUGGUACUUUCGAUGUUUCUGUUCUCACUAUUGAAGAGGGUUUUUUCGAAGUGAAAGCUACUGCUGGGGAUACUCAUCUCGGCGGAGAAGACUUUGACAACAGAAUGGUGGACCACUUUGUCCAAGAGUUCAAGAGAAGGCACAACAAAGAUAUUAGUGGAAGUCCCAGACCUCUCAGGAGAUUGAGGACCGCUUGUGAGAGAGCCAAGAGGGCCCUUUCUUCUGCCGCUCAGACAUCAAUCGAGAUUGAUGCCUUGUUUGACGGUAUUGAUUUUCAAUCGACCAUUACUCGGCCAAGAUUCGAGGAGCUGAACAUGGAUUUGUUCUUGAAGUGCAUUGAUCCAGUUAAAGACUGUUUGAGGGAUGCCAAGAUGGACAGGAUUGAGGUCCACGAUGUGGUCCUUGUAGGUGGUUCAACAAGGAUUCCAAAGGUUCAGGAACUGUUGCAAGAGUUCUUCAACGGCAAGGAGCUUUGCAAAAGCAUCAACCAAGAUGAAGCUGUAGCCUAUGGUGCAGCUGUUCAAGCCGUACUCUUAGGAGGCACAGGCAAUGAAAACAUCCAGAAGGUUCAGGACCUUGUAUUGGUGGAUGUCACCCCAUUAUCUUUGGGCGUACAAACUAUCGGAGAAGUCAUGAGUGUUGUGAUCCCUAGGAACACCCCAAUCCCUGCAAGAAAGGAGAGAGUAUUCCAUACAAGCUUAGAUAACCAAACCGUUGUUGGCUUUCGAGUGUUCGAGGGUGAGAGAGCAAGAUCAACAGAUAACUACUUUUUAGGCAAGUUUAAGCUGCGUGGCGUUCCUCCAGCCCCUAAAGGAGUCCCUACGAUCAAUGUAUGCUUUGAUCUUGAUGCCAACGGGAUAUUACAUGUCUCUGCGGAGGAUAAAUUUACAGGCCAGAAGAAUCAGAUUACCAUCACUAAUGACAAGGGAAGACUGUCAAAAGAACAAAUCGAGAGGAUGGUUCAGGAAGCCAUGAAGUUCAAGUACGAGGAUGAGCAGUUCAAAAAGAAGGUUAAGGCAAAGAUUGACUUAGAGGAUUAUGCAUACAACAUGAAAAAUACCAUGAAGGUCGCUAGCAUAAGUUCUCAGCUGUCUCCGGCUGAAAAAGAGAAGAUUGAGGAUGAGAUUGAGGACGCCGUUGAAUGGUUGGCAAGAAAUCAGCAUGCAGAAACGUAUGAAUUUGAGGAGAAGAGGAGCGAGCUUGAGAGCAUCUGGAACCCGAUAAUCCUCGAGAUAUACCGGAAUGCUGAUGGUGGACGGGUUCCCAUGCAAGAUCAUCCUCCUUUCACUGGAUCUGGAUCUCCUUUCACUGAAUCUGGAUCUAGUAGCGGUUUUGGUUUUAAACUUGAGGAAGUGGACUGAGCAGAAGCAGCUCACUCCAAUUUGCAUUUUUUUUUUUUUUUGCCUUUCUGCUGUUGUUAAUUCUUAUGUCGUUGCAUUGUCUGGGACGCUCGUAAUUUGGUUCUGUAUGCUUUUUCGUAAGUUGCCAAACUGUA